CUUCGGUCACGGAUGUGGGGAGAUAAGGAGCCACCCGGUGGAAUAUGCAGAAGCGUUAGGGAAUAACCUAACUGGAUAGGCUCUAUCGACAAAAAUAUAUUGAAAUAUAGGCUAGGUUUUACACUUAUUCAUAUGCCUAGGUCGUUAUAAUAGCAGUUCUUUUCGUUAUUGUUUUUAUUUUUAUUUUUUUUACUAUUGAGAACAAAUAAUGUCUCAAAGAGUGAGAAGAAACGGGUCUCCGACAUCGAGCUGUUUGUCUAUGCCAAGCAGCGAAACCGGUGGUGGAGUCGGCGCUACAACUGGCGGCUCGGGAGCUUCGGGAGGCAGUUCAGGAAUCAGUGUGUUCAGUCGCCUCCUGCCCAUGAAAGCGACGGUUCCGUUCCAGCUGAAACCGCAGAUACAGCCCCCCCUGCUGACCAGGUCUGUGCAGGGUACCGCUAGUGGAGGCAACAGCCCCUCGCCCACCAACACCGGGGACGGUAAAUUCCACACUAGUGGAUGCAGCGCCAGCGAAGCACCUGAAACGCGCACGUCGACGUCAUUGAGUCGCAGCCCCACUCGUGCUGUUGUCAACUCAUCAUCAACAGCUGUUGUUCUGGUCUCCUCGCCAGCCACCACUCCUCUGUCUUCUCUGUCUCCUUCCAUCGGCUAUGCCUCCGGCGCGGUGGGACAGGCCGGGACAGGGACACCCUCCUCCCCAUCCGCUAGAGCCAGCCCUCUCGCCAACACCACCGUGUCGGGUCACUCUGUUGCUGCGUCGGGGUCCAACUUUGCCACAUCUCGAGCCGCUCAAACACAAUCCCCCCUCGCUCCCGUAGCAGCGUCAUCUCCACAACAUGUAACUUUCCCAGUGAUCUCACCCGGUGCACCUUACGCCAAUAUUCACACCUACGGAUCUAGUAGUUUCAUUCGGGGUGUCCCCCCUGUUUACACCGCAGACGGCUCUCCCUGCUACGGCUCCCCCACCCAGCAGCUACCCUGGCCGUCAGACUACCCGAUCCUGACGACCGCUCAACAGCUACAGCCUUUCUCGGCUUCUUCUCCGUCUUCGUUCUCUUUGUCAUCUUCUGGUGGUCAGCGGGGCAGAGCGGUUCCCGUGGCCGCGCCACAGCGCUGGACCCCCGAACAGAACCGACUGUGUCCUGAGAGAGUCGGCCCCAGCUCGCCAGAUGGAGAGAGACCCAACCCUCCUCCCCUAGCCGGCCUACCCUCCUCCUGCUCCUCCUGCUCCUGUAUCCGCCGCACCUCCUCCCUGGAUCUUCUCCUGACUGGAUCUUAUCUGACCGGUCACUGGUCUCGGGAAAGCAGCCAUGCCUCAUGUCAAAGCCACAAAGCCACUCAGACCCCCAGUGCCUGGGCAGAGGAGUUUGUGGAGAAGAGGAGGGCUUCUCACCAACGUUCAGCCUCCUGGGGAAGCUCUGACCAACUGAAAGAGAUUGCCAAACUGAGGCAGCAGCUCCAGCGGAGUAAGCACAGCAGCCGUCACCACAGAGACAAGGAACGCAAAUCACCAUUCAAUGGGAACCAUGCUGCUCUCCCGCAGGCCCCAAUCCCAAAGACUGUCCUGAAUCCCAUCAAGUCCUCUGUGUCUCGGUUCCGGAACAGUGUGGAAGGGCUGAACCAAGAAAUAGAGAGGAUCAUCGUCUGUGACGCAGGGGACGAGCUACACCCCCACCGUGUCCCCGACGGACGCCGCGCCCCCCCACCGCUGUCCCAACGCCCCUCCUCCCCUUCAAUCAUAUCCCAGUGCUACAGUAGCUCCGCUUUCCGCAGCAUCAACACCCAGACACCCCAGGGUGGGAGAGGGGCCAGUGGAGGUGGCGUGGUCAGUAGCCACAGUAACCGCUCCCACUCCGUCUCCCCCUCCUUCCUGACCGUUCCCACUGACACGGAGACGACGGGGGAGAGAGGGGGAGACGGAGUGGGAGAGAGCCCCUUGCCUAGUAGUGAUGAGCUGCCUACGGACUGCAGAGAAAAAGACCUCGGGCCCAGCUCUCCGCUCCCUAAAUACGCCUCCUCUCCUAAACCCAACAACAGCUACAUGUUCAAACGAGAGCCUCCCGAGGGCUGCGAGAGAGUCAAGGUCUUCACCGAGGAAACACAGUCCAAGCCUCCCCAGCAGGUCCCUCAGUUCCUCACAGGUCCAGACAGGAACAAGGUCAACUUCAUCCCCAACAGUGGCUCGGCCUUCUGCCUCGUCAGCAUCAAGCCCCUCCUCCCCACGACCACGCAGGAACUAAACCUCAAGCCCCUCCUCCCCACGACCACGCAGGAACUAAACCUCAAGCCCCUCCUCCCCACGACCACGCAGGAACUAAACCUCAAGCCCCUCCUCCCCACGACCACGCAGGAACUAAACCUCAAGCCCCUCCUCCCCACGACCACUCAGGAGCUCAGCCUGAAGAGCCCCGGGGCCGGGCCAAACCUUACCUCGUCCCCCGUCAGCACACCUCUUACUGGGGCUUCCCUCAGCCUUUCUCCCCUGACCCUGGAGCAGCAGGAGCAGUCCCCUACCAACAUACCAGCUAGAGUCCCUUACCAACAGACCAACUAGAGUCCCCUACCAACAGACCAGCUAGAGUCCCCUACCAACAGACCAGCUAGAGUCCCUUACCAACAGACCAGCUAGAGGCCCUUACCAACAGACCAACUAGAGUCCCUUACCAACAGACCAACUAGAGUCCCUUACCAACAGACCAACUAGAGUCCCCUACCAACAGACCAGCUAGAGUCCCUUACCAACAGACCAGCUAGAGCCCACUACCAACAGACCAGCUAAAGUCCCCUACCAACAGACCAGCUAGAGUCCCCUACCAACAGACCAGCUAGAGUCCCCUACCAACAGACCAGCUAGAGUCCCUUACCAACAGACCAGCUAGAGGCCCUUACCAACAGACCAGCUAGAGUCCCCUACCAGCAGACCAGCUAGAGUCCCUUACCAGCAGACCAGCCAGAGUCCCCUACCAGCAGACCAGCCAGAGUCCCCUACCAGCAGACCAGCCAGAGUCCCCUACCAGCAGACCAGCCAGAGUCCCCUACCAACAGACCAGCUAGAGUCCCCUACCAACAGACCAGCUAGAGUCCCCUACCAACAGACCAGCUAGAGUCCCCUACCAGCAGACCAGCUAGAGUCCCCUACCAGCAGACCAGCUAGAGUCCCCUACCAGCAGACCAGCUAGAGUCCCCUACCAGCAGACCAGCUAGAGUCCCCUACCAGCAGACCAGCUAGAGUCCCCUACCAGCAGACCAGCUAGAGUCCCCUACCAGCAGACCAGCUAGAGUCCCCUACCAACAGACCAGCUAGAGUCCCCUACCAACAGACCAGCUAGAGCCCACUACCAACAGACCAGCUAAAGUCCCCUACCAACAGACCAGCUAGAGUCCCCUACUAACAGACCAGCUAGAGUCCCCUACCAACAGACCAGCUAGAGUCCCCUAUCAACAGACCAGCUAGAGUCCCCUACCAGCAGACCAGCCAGAGUCUCCUACCAGCAGACCAGCCAGAGUCCCCUACCAGCAGACCAGCCAGAGUCCCCUACCAGCAGACCAGCCAGAGUCCCUUACCAACAGACCAGCUAGAGUCCCCUACCAACAGACCAGCUAGUCCCCUACCAACAGACCAGCUAGAGUCCCCUACCAACAGACCAGCUAGAGUCCCCUACCAACAGACCAGCUAGAGUCUCCUACCAACAGACCAGGUAGAGUCCCCUACCAACAGACUAGCUAGAGUCCCCUACCAACAGACCAGCUAGAGUCCCCUACCAAAAGACCAGCUAGAGUCCCCUACCAACAGACCAGCUAGAGUCCCCUACCAACAGACCAGCUAGAGUCCCCUACCAACAGACCAGCUAGAGUCCCCUACCAACAGACCAGCUAGAGUCCCCUACCAACAGACCAGCUAGAGUCCCCUACCAACAGACCAGCUAGAGUCCCCUACCAACAGACCAGCUAGAGUCCCCUACCAACAGACCAGCUAGAGUCCCCUACCAACAGACCAGCUAGAGUCCCCUACCAUCAGACCAGCUAGAGUCCCCUACCAUCAGACCAGCUAGAGUCCCCUACCAGCAGACCAGCUAGAGUCCCCUACCAGCAGACCAGCUAGAGUCCCCUACCAGCAGACCAGCCAGAGUCCCCUACCAGCAGACCAGCCAGAGUCCCCUACCAGCAGACCAGCCAGAGUCCCCUACCAGCAGACCAGCCAGA